ACUCUGAAAAAACUAGGAACGCUGGUGGAGGAAAAUCUUUAUCCACUUGUUCCAUCAAAUCCGCUUACAGCUACAGUGAAAAAUUGGAACUUCAAAAGUGAUGCUGACUCACCCUAUGUCAAAAUACUACCUGACGAUUUGGCAGCAAUAGAAAAUCAAUCCGAAGAUUCUGUGGUUGAUUUCUUAUAUCGUCGAUUUUCGCAAAACGAAAUAUAUACUUAUAUAGGAGAUAUUCUUGUUGCCAUCAAUCCGAGAAAAAAACUACCAUUAUAUGACUCAAAGAUACAAAUGCUGUAUCAGGAAAAGGCUCGAUCAGAUAAUCCACCUCAUAUAUUCGCUGUAGCGGACAGAGCAUACCAGCAAAUGCUUCAUCAUAAAAGAUCACAGGUCAUUAUUCUCUUCGGGAAAUCGAAUAGCGGCAAGUCCUUCUCCGCAACGCAGAUCAUUAACCAGUUAGCAUUUUUAAGUACAAGUGGCAAUGUGGCAAUGGCAGAAAAGAUUCAACAGCUGUGUCCUCUCCUCGAUGCUUUUGGUUCAACCCGCACCAGCUAUAAUCAAAACGCCAGUAGGUUACUUAAAACCAUAAGCGUUACUUUUACGAAGACUGGGAAAAUAACGGGAGGAAUUCUGACAGCGACGCUACUGGAUAGAAUAAGAAUCAGUUCAACACCACCAAACGAAAGCAACUUUCAUAUCCUGUACUACCUCUUUGAAGGCCUGAAAUCUGAGAAAAGACUUGCUGAAUUUGGCCUCGAUAAGCUAUCAAGCAUACGAUAUCUCCCUCAGAGAGAUUCCAAGAAUCCCGCAGAUUUAGUGGCUGGUUACAAAAAUGUCUAUCAUGCUUUCAGAAUUCUUUCUUUUACAGAAGAGGAAAUAUUGGUGGUUCUACGCAUACUGUCAGCUAUUUUAUUACUUGGUGACGUCACUUAUACUGAGAAGGAAUCAACUGCGACAGCAAGCAAUCCUUAUCUGAUUUCUUCUGCUGCGAAAAACUUGAGUGUAGAUAAUGAGCAGUUGUGUUCAGUCAUUUCUAGAGGUGAUAGUUUAGAAGAAGUUACUCAGAAAAGAGAUGCUUGGGUACAGUUUUUGUACAUGCGGCUUUUUGAAUGGAUUGUAUCUUCACUCAAGAAGCAGCUCUCCUUUUCACGUCUUGUUUUAGGUGAUUCCUAUUCAGUUACUGUCAUUGAUCCUCCUGGAUUUGGAGCUGGUGAGCACAACCAGAUGUUUCAGCUUAGCACCAAUAUUAUCGACGAUUUCUUACAGAAUUACAUUCAACAGCUCAUAUUUUUCAAAGAACUGGAAGAAUACAAAGAAGAGAGCGUGGACAUACCUUUCAAGUACGAAGAAUCCACGUUACAACAGCAAGCACUGAAUAACUUGAUAGAAAGUGAGAAAAUUCUGCUGAAUGGUCUGCAGAGCUCAGGUGUGAAAGGAAGUUUCAACUGGUUGAAAAAAAUGAGAUCUUUGCCAUGCGCGUGUGUUGAAGUGGAAAACGAUAAAGUUACAGUAUAUCACAUGUUUCAAAAGAUGACUAAACUGCAGUCAGAAGUUUCCAGAUUUCAAUGUUUUAUUUAUAAAAUAAAGCAUGUAUCAUACAAUAUUCAACAGCUAACAGUAGAAAAUAUUAGCAAUAUAAAUGAGAUGGAAUUCAUAGAAACUUUUAAAGGAACUGAUGAUCAAAUAACAUCAGCCAUUGCCAAUAAACUAUCAGAUGAGAACUCGUCUUUAGCAGAACAAACACGGUUUCUUUUACCGAAACUGCUUGAAGGGAUAACUGAAGACUUCCCACAUUUGGUCGUAUGUAUGCAGCCUACUGAUUCGUGCCGAGAAGACAUUCGAUUUGAUCCUCAGUAUGUCGUACACCAGCUGCGUGCUUUUAAACUCAUGGAAACUAUCAUGAUAAGGCAAAAGGGUUAUGCACGAAGACUAUCGUUUUCAGAAUUCCUUAACAGAUACAAAUACCUAGCUUUCGAUUUUGAUGAAGAAGUAGAAUUAAAUAAACAGAACUGUCAGCUUUUAUUGAUCAGACUUAAAAUGGAUGGUUGGAAAAUGGGACUAAAUAAGGUAUUCUUAAAAUAUUAUGCUGAAGAAUAUCUUUCCCGCCUAUAUGAGACACAUGUGAAGAAAAUUGUAAAAGUCCAAGCCAUGGCCAGAAGGUUUAUAGUUAAAGCCCGUCAUGGAAGACAUGUAUAAAAUUGAAUUAACAGAUACUUAUAAUCAGUGUUGAAUAUGCUAUGCUCUGAAAGUAUUAUUUUAAAAGAACUUUACAUUAAACUAUGAAUAAAGUUGGAAACUGCAGUA